CGGCCGGGCGCGGAAGUUGCCUGGGGCUCUCUGCCCAGUAACUGGCAUCCACCGGUGCCGACCGAAGACCCCUCCGUCGGCAGCGCAGUUGCAAUGGCCAUUUGUCAAUUCUUCCUUCAAGGCCGGUGCCGCUUUGGAGAUCGGUGCUGGAACGAACAUCCUGGUGCCAGGGGUGCAGGAGGAGGACGGCAGCAACCGCAGCAGCAGUCUUCAGGUAAUAAUAGACGUGGAUGGAAUACCACUAGCCAGAGAUACUCCAAUGUCAUCCAGCCAUCCAGUUUCUCCAAAUCCACACCAUGGGGGGGCAGCAGAGAUCAAGAAAAGCCAUCUUUCGGUUCUUUUGAUUCUGGAGCUUCAACUAACAGGAAAGAAGGCUUUGGAUUGUCUGAGAACCCAUUUGGUUCACUUAGUCCUGAUGAGCAGAAAGAUGAAAAGAAACUUCUGGAAGGAAUUGUAAAAGAUAUGGAGGUUUGGGAAUCAUCAGGGCAGUGGAUGUUUUCUGUUUAUUCACCAGUGAAAAAGAAACCUAAUAUUUCAGGUUUUACAGACAUUUCACCAGAGGAAUUGAGACUUGAAUACCAUAACUUCUUAACCAGCAAUAACUUACAGAGUUAUCUAAAUUCUGUCCAACAUUUAAUAAAUCAAUGGAGGAACAGGGUAAAUGAACUGAAAAGUCUAAAUAUAUCAACUAAAGUAGCUUUGCUCUCUGAUGUAAAGGAUGGUGUAAAUCAAGCAGCACCUGCAUUUGGAUUUGGCAGUAGUCAAGCAGCAACAUUUGUGUCGCCAGGCUUUCCAGUCAAUAACAGCAGCAGUGAUAAUGCUCAGAACUUUAGUUUUAAAACAAACUCUGGAUUUGCCGCUGCCUCUUCUGGAAGCCCUGCUGGUUUUGGGAGUUCCCCAGCAUUUGGAGCUGCAGCCUCUACCAGUUCAGCUAUCUCUACUUCUGCUCCAGCUUUUGGAUUUGGGAAACCUGAAGUUACAUCGGCUGCAUCAUUUUCAUUCAAAAGCCCUGCAGCUUCCAGCUUUGGAUCACCUGGAUUUUCAGGACUUCCAACUUCCUUGGCAACAGGUUCUAUUAGAGCUCCAGUGGCCCCAGCCUUUGGAGGUGGCAGUUCUGUGGCUGGUUUUGGUAGUCCGAGCUCACAUUCUCACACUGCUUUUUCUAAGCCAUCCAGUGACACUUUUGGAAAUAGCAGCAUAUCCACUUCUCUCUCAGCCUCAAGCAGCAUCUUUGCAACAGAUAAUGUGUUAUUCACACCCAGAGAUAAACUAACAGUAGAAGAACUAGAACAAUUUCAAUCCAAGAAAUUUACUCUGGGAAAAAUUCCAUUAAAGCCUCCACCUCUGGAACUUCUAAAUAUUUAAAAGGGCAAUUUUAAAUACA